AUGACACUUACUUCUGACGAAAUCUUCUUACAUAUGAACCAUGAAGAGAUAAAUGCAGAAGACAAUGUUUCUACAGUGAAGCACUUUGUCCUGCUAGGAUUCUCUGAGCUUCCAGACCUCCAAGGGUUCCUAUCUGGAGUGUUCUGCAUAAUUUACAUAAUUAUUCUAAUUGGAAACAGCCUUAUAAUCAUGAUAACCCUGCUUGACCCUGCACUGAAGAAACCCAUGUAUUUUUUCCUGGCAAAUUUUUCUUCCCUGGAAAUCUGUUAUGUAUCUGUCACUCUCCCCAGGAUUCUGGUCAAUAUUUGGACAAGGGAUAGAAGUAUUUCUCUGCUGGACUGUGCCACUCAAAUGUGUUUCUUCCUUAUACUGGGAACCACUGAAAGCUUCCUCCUGGCUGUGAUGUCAUAUGACCGCUACAUGGCCAUCUGUAACCCUCUGCACUAUCCUCUCUUCAUGAACCCAAGGAAGUGCAUCCAGCUGCUAGCUGGAUCUUGGCUCAGUGGAAUGCCAAUCCAGAUAGGGCAAACAUGUCAAAUAUUCUCUUUGCAUUUCUGUAAUUCUAACCAAAUUGACCUCUUCUGUGACAUACCGCCCAUUCUCAAACUAGCCUGUGGGGACACUCCUAUGCAUGAGUUGUCUGUCUAUGUAGUGGGUAUGUUGGUUGGUGCCUUUCCUUUUACACUGAUACUUGUUUCUUACAUCAAAAUCAUUUCUACCAUUCUGACACUGCCAACAGCUAGAGGACGUGCUAAAGCAUUCUCCACAUGUUCUUCCCAUCUGCUGGUUGUGGUUUUAUUUUUUGAAUCUGCUAGUAUUACCUACUUUCGGCCAAAAUCCAAUCAUUCUGCAGGAACUGACAAACUGUUCUCUCUUUUUUAUAUAGUAGUGACUCCAAUUUUCAAUCCACUGAUAUACAGCCUUAGGAACAAGGAGGUGAUAACAGCUUUGAGAAAAUUAUUACUUAAAACAUAG